GUGGUUUCAUCUAGGCUGCGCUGCCGAGACCUCCGCCCAGGACGGCCCCCCCCUCCCCGGGCCUCUCCCUUCUUGCCCACAAGCCCCCUCACCUCUUAGGCCUCUCGGACCUAAUACCGUGGGGUGAGGUGCGAGCAGGCCCGGGGAGGGUAGUUACUGCUGAGGAGCUGCAGUCGCGAUCACGAUGAUAGAAGUACUGACAACCACUGAUGCUCAGAAACCGCUACACCAGCUGAAUGCCCUGCUGGAACAGGAGUCUAGAUGUCAGCCAAAGGUCUUCGGCUUGAGACUAAUUGAGUCUGCUCAUGAUAAUGGCCUCAGAAUGACUGCAAGAUUAAGAGACUUUGAAGUAAAAGAUCUUCUUAGUCUAACUCAGUUCUUUGGCUUUGAAACGGAAACAUUUUCUCUAGCUGUGAAUUUAUUGGACAGGUUUCUGUCCAAAAUGAAGGUACAGUCCAAGCACCUCGGAUGUGUAGGACUGAGCUGCUUCUACUUGGCUGUAAAAUCAAUAGAAGAAGAGAGGAAUGUCCCACUGGCAAAUGACUUGAUCAGAAUAAGCCAGUAUAAGUUCACAGUUUCUGACUUGAUGAGAAUGGAAAAGAUUGUAUUGGAGAAGGUGUGUUGGAAAGUUAAAGCUACUACUGCCUUUCAGUUUCUGCAACUCUAUUAUUCACUCAUUCAAGAGAGCUUACCAUUUGAAAGGAGAAAUAGCCUUACUUUUGAAAGACUAGAAGCUCAACUUAAAGCAUGCCACUGCAGGAUCAUAUUUUCUAAAGCAAAGCCCUCUGUGUUGUCAUUAUCUAUCAUUGCAUUGGAGAUCCAAUCACAGAAGUGUGUACAAUUAACAGAAAAACUAGAAUGUCUUCAGAAACAUUCCAAGAUAAAUGGCAGAGAUUUGACCUUCUGGCAAGAACUCGUCUCCAAGUGUAUAACAGAAUAUUCAUCAAACAAAUGUUCCAAACCAAAUGUUCAGAAGCUCAAAUGGAUUGUUUCUGGACGAACUGCAAGGCAGUUGAAACAUAGUUACUAUAAGAUAACCCACCUUCCAACAAUUCCUGAAGCAGUCCCUUAAUCGGAUUAUUACAGCAACAAAAAACUCUUCUCUGAAGCCUUUUUCUACAACCUUGAGUGAUGGAAUUCAUAGUUAGAAUGGAUUUAAACUGUGAAACCUCAAAACAUCUCAACUGAAUUUGUUCUCAGAUUAGGGAAACUGACUACUUAAUAUUAUGCUAUAGUGGAAUUAUAUUUAGACUUGAAUUCACCUGUGAUGCAUACAAAUCUAAGCUAAGAAUAUAAAUGUGAAACUGUAAUGAUAAGCCUGGGGUGGUAAACUGUGAAUCUUUAUUUUUAACACUGACCUAAAUUUCUAUAUUGGAUCAAUAUGUUUAGGUGGUAUUGAAA